GCAACAUGUCGCUGUGAGUGUAGUAAAAUAUAUACGUUUUCGCCCAUAAAAUUUGAAUUAGCACCAAUUUGCAAGGAUGUCUGACAUCAUGCAAAAGACAUUUGCAGCGUUGCCUGGGCUUCUCCAACAAAGCAUGGCUAUGUCUAGUAGCAUCCCACAGACCAAGAGCACAGGCGUUGGAAUCGGGGUGGCAUCUAUUAACUUUCAAACUUUCAUCCAGACUGUUCGUAAUAUCAAGUCUAAAUAUGAAGAAGAACUGUUCGUAAAUAAUGAGUUGAUGGAGAUGAAACAACAGCUGUGCCAAGCUACCAUUUUACCCGUGCAGAUGAAUGAGAAUGUGAUGAAGAUGAUAUACUGUGAAAUGCUUGGCUAUCAAGUCCCAUUUGCUUACAUCCAUGCUGUAAAUCUUGCACAGAAAGGGACACUAAACAAUAAGAGAAUAGGCUACCUCGCUGCUUCACUUUGCUUUGAUGAGGAUAAUGAGUUAGCUCUGCUGCUUGUAAACACCAUACAGCGUGACAUGUCGAGCACCAAUGUUCUUGAGGUGUGCAUGGCACUCAAUGCAUGUACCUACUUCAUCUCAGCUGACUUGGCUCCACUCAUCCUCCCAAUCGUACAAGACAAGCUUAAGCACGAGAAAGCUGUAGUAAGAAAGAAAGCUGUCCUGGCUCUGGGCAGCUUUCAGAAACAGAAUCCCUCGCUGCUGCUGCAUCUUCAGCCCAACUUCCGGCAGGCGAUGGGAGAUAAAGAUACUCGAGUGAUGGAGGCUACACUGAGUGUUUACCACAGGCUGGCUCAGGAUGACCCAACAAAGUUUAAAGACCUUGUUCCUGCUCUGUGUCAUAUUCUUGAUCAAGUGCUGGAUAACAGGCUGCCCACGAGCUAUGAAUACCACAGUGUGGCCGCGCCCUGGCUGCAGAUACGACUUCUUAAGAUCAUGGCUAUACUUGGAGCAGAAGAUCAAAAAUCUAGCGAACAAAUGUAUGUGGUGCUAAGAAAGGUGAUGCUAAGGUCAUCUGUUAAUCAGUCUAUUGCAAAUGCCGUGACGUAUGAAGCCAUAAGGACGAUCACGACGAUUGUUCCUAGUGCAGACCUAGUCAACGCAGCGGUUAAAUGUGUGGGCAGCUUCGUGUUGUCACGCACCAGCAAUCUAAGGUACCUGGGUAUCAAGACUCUGUCUUUCAUUCUACCACACGUGCAGUCGACAUGUGCACAGGAGCAUCAGGCUGUAGUUCUAGAGUGCCUUGAUCACCCUGAUGAUUCCAUCAGGAGAAUGACACUAGAACUGCUUCGUAAGAUGGCGAAUCGCUCGAACGUAAACACCGUCUGCCAGAAGCUCAAUGAGCAUCUCGCGAUGACGACGGACAUGCACCAGCGCUCUCGCCUCUGCGCGAGCAUCUGCGAGCUGAUUGGCCGGCACGCGCCGUCCGACGAGUGGCGGCUCCGCGCGAUCAACUACCUGCUGCUGACGGCGGGUGACGCGGUUGCCGGCGGCGACGUCGAGACGCUGCGACGGAUGCUGCGGCACGGCGACGAUGAGUUGAGGACGAUGGCGGUGACGGAGUAUGCGAGGUUGCUGGGGAAGGAUGGGCUGCCGACGCAUCUCAUCAGGAUAGGAGUGUGGGAAAGGAAAAACAACAAAGAAUAG